AUGGAUAUUCAACAUAUGUAUUCUAAUCGAACUGUAGUUUCAUCAAGAGCAAUUUAUGAUUUAGUUCAAAUACGUCGUGCUGCCGCUAAAUUCGGAUCUCUUCUUAAUAGAACACGUCGAAAUAUUACUACAAGCAGUUUUCAUCAAGUAGCUAUGAAUACUAUAAAAAUAAAUAAUAAUAAUAAUAAUAAAAUAAACACUCAUCAAUAUACAAUAAGUGAUUUCCAGAAGACAUAUAAUCAAUUUUUAAGCGAAAGUUUAAAAGCAAUUAUUGCGAUUGGCACAUUUUCAUUAGUUUUGAUGAUAAUCAUUGUUACUCUAUGUAUAUUUUUAAAAUAUCGUCAAAAGAAAACUUCAAUAUUUACGUUAACAAACGAGCAAAAUAGUUCAUUACCACGAACACAUAAUCCAUUUAGAUAUAAUUAUUCGAAAUGUGACACUAAAAAUUUCUCACGGAAGACAAGAACAUAA